CUUCCACACCCGGAAGCGACUCCAGCAAAUAAAUAGGACACGUGGAGAUCAUAUCAGAGAGUAUGAAACCAGCCUGACAGUGAUACAGCAUGGACAAGUUUGGUAUGAGCUUUGUCGGAGGUCCAAGCAAGAAGGAUCUGCUGGAAACCAUUGAACUGCAGAAGAAACAGCUUGUGAAAUAUCAGACGCGUUUUAAAGAUGUUGUCAGAGCGUACCAAAGCUUAAUUAAGGAAAAAGAGGCCUUGGAAGCCAGCCUGAAGGUACUGUCCAUAUCUCAGGAGGUAGAUUUAAGCCAGCGGGAUGAUAACCUGUCAUUUGGUGACGCUACAGGAAAUGCUGAACGAUCAUUGCCCUCCUACCUUGGGGAUGACCGAUGUUCGCUUCACAGUGAAGACAGCCUGGAUACAGCAGCCUCUGCUGAAACGGCCACUAGCGUGACCAGCAACAGCACUAAAGGAGACCAAAUAGAGGAGGACCAAAGCUGUGCUGUAGAUGGAGCCACCUCUGGAGCUGUUGUACAUGCCUUACCCCAGCAAUCUGAGGAGGCAAGUGGGUCUGAAAGUGGUAUCAGCACCAGCAGCAGUGGAUGUACGGAGCCGCAACCACCUCCAGCAGACACAGACCGCCGUGUCAUCCAACUAAAGACGCAGCUGUCCACCCUGACCAGCUCCUUAUCAACCGUCACUCAAGAAAAGUCCAGAAUGGAAGCUUCGUUCCAGGCGGACAAGCGGAAGAUAAAGCAGGAACUGGAGGAGCUGCAGGCCAGGAUGGAGGAAGAUCAGAAGCAGCACCAGAUGGAGGUUCACAGCCUGCAGGAGCUGCUGGCGGAGAGCAAAGCCCGUGUCAUCACCCAGCAGCACGAACGGGAGCAGGAGCAGGGCGAUCAUGCGCUCAUGCUUCGAGAGCUUCAGAAACUCCUGCAGGAGGAGAGGGGACUGAGACAGGACGCCGAACUCAAACUGGAGGACUCGCGGGAGGCGUUGGCUGAAGCCAUGCAGGCAGUAGACCGAGGGCUAGAUUACGAAUCGCAGCUGAAAGAGAUGAGUCAGGAACGAGAGGAGCUGAGGAAGAGUCUGAAGGCUGCAGCGGCGGAGAGGAGCAAACCCGACCCACGUGUGGAGGAGCUCCAGCAAGAGAUCGCAGACCUCAAAGCUCACUUCAAUCAGCAACUUCAGCAGGAAAUCCGAAAGGUGGCACAGGCAGAUGAGCUUCUCCGAGAACAGGCGCAGAUGGAGGAGGGACGAGUUGCCAGCCUUGAGGAGCGAGUAUCUGAGCUCUCUGAACUGCUGGGUGCCUGCGAGAAGGCCAGACAGAAGGACCAACAGAAGGCUCAGAGGCUCCGAGAACGCAUCCUUCAACUCGACACAGAGAACAAAACCCUCGCUAUCGCAGCGGUCAAUAGGACGUCGAUCUCCGAUCUAAACAUCGACGACGCCAACUUGAACGUGGACGUGUUAAAGGACAAACUCGAGAAGGUAAAGAAGUUACUCCUACUGGCUGCGCAAAGAUCUCAAGACCGGAGUCUGGACAUCGAAAGUCUGCUAGAAGGAGAAAAGGACCAGGAAAUCUCAGAGGGAGAGAAGGCGUCAGCGCUCCACUACCAGCAAGAGCUACGGCAGCUGAGGGAGGAGUUCGAGCGUUACAAAAUGAGGGCUCAGGGUGUUCUGAAAAACAAGACCACGAAAGACGGCAACCAGUCCAAAGACUUAGAAGAAGCGCGUGACCAGCUGGCCGAGCUGAAGGAGAAGUACAUCAACCUUCGCAUACUUUCAGAUGAAGCGGAAGCGCAGCACAAACGGGACCUGGAGGAGCGGCAGCAAGGGCUUGUAGCGCUCCAGCAGGCCCACAAACAGGAAGUCGAAAGGCUUGAGGCUCAACACAGGGAGAAUUUCUUGCGGCUUGAGGAAGAGCUGCACAAACAGAGGGAUCGCACCAUGGCCCUGCUUUCAGAAAAAGACCUCGAGCUUGAGCGACUUCGGGCUACGGCGGUGAUCAGUUUUGGAAGCCAUCAGAGGCACGCUACAAAUAACAGCACAGCGAUGGAAGGAGGUGACCUAGAAGAAGUUGAUCCAGAACAAGAAGAAAGUGACAUUGUCGCACAAGCUCUUAAACUAGCUGGGCACAACGAGCCAACUUUAUUGCUAUACGCCGAACAGCUGGCCCGCAAAGAGGUGGAGGUGGCCGCCUUGCGCAAACAAAAGCAUCGUCUUGAGGAAGACUUGCACCAGCUACAAGGAAAGCUGAUUGCAAAGGGGGAGAGGCAUGAAGAAGAGGUUGCUGGGCUACAGUGCCAGCUGGACAAGCAUAUUCGGGACCAGGGAAGAGAUGGGGCCAACCUCGAGUACCUCAAGAAUGUAAUUUAUAGGUUUCUCACGCUCCAUGACACUAGGGGGCGCCAGCAGACACUCACGGCCAUUUUGACCAUUUUGCACUUUAGUCCUCAAGAGAAACAAGCCGUGCUGAAGCAGCAGCCACACAAUUGGUGGACGGCAGGGAUGAGAUGAUUCAAACAGGUGGCGAAGAUAGACGUUAUGGUUGUACUGUGCUGAGAUAAAUAUUUGUUUAUUUUUAUUGACCACUUUUUGUGUGCAGUGUGAGAAUGUACCAAAUCACAGGAGCAACAAUGUGGAUAUGUUUCCAAUAAUGACGUACUCCCAACUAUUGCAUGACAGGAUACUAAACCCUUUAUGAAUGGUUUUAGUCCAGUAUUUGAUAGCGUACAUCCCUCCUGUGCAACAUAAUAUAUCUUGACACUGUCUUCAAUCUGUAAAAUCAACAGAGUUGGGUGCAGCAAAAUAGUGUUAUGAUUUUGUAUUAUAACUGGAGUCAUAAUGUAACACUUUUUGGAUGAAGGGUUUACAUCUACAGUAUGGGUUAUGCCAAAGAAAACACUCAAAUGGACUUUACGAUGACAUUGAAAGCUCCAAGACUUUUAGAGGGAAACUAGCAAGUAAUGCCUUCAGACAGCAGCACUUUUCAUAUAUAGUCAUGGUGAACUCCAUACAUAUAUGUAACACACAAAACUAAUUCCAUGGGUUUUACUAAGAAUAUUUCAUUAACUUAUAUAUAAAAAAAAACAUCGGUUGCUUUGAGUUUGCAAACAUAUAGCAGUUUUGGUUGGUUCUAUUUUUCCUGCCAUAGUCUAGGGCAUUUGAUGAAUACACCGUUACCUCUUAAUAUAAGCUGUAUAUUAUAUAUGCU